AUGAGGCUUUCAGGCUCUCUCGCCGUCCUCCUCGCCGGAGUGACUUCCCUCGUAUCUGCUAUUCCCUUCGCCGGUCCUUCGGAAGAGCUGCCGGAGAAGAGGGGAUACUGUCAGAAUGGUCCCAAGUCUCGAAAGUGCUGGGGUAACUACGACAUCGACACCGAUGUCACCUAUGAGUGGCCCAACACUGGAGUGACUCGCUACUAUAACUUCGAUGUCCAGUAUGCCACUCUCGCCCCCGACGGCGUUGAGAAGCGGUUGAUCACCGUCAAUGGCCAGUACCCAGGCCCCCUUCUCGAAGCCAACUGGGGUGACGACGUCGAGGUUAAAGUGUGCAAUCACCUCCCAGACAACGGAACCAACAUCCACUGGCACGGCAUCCGCCAGUUUUACACCAACUAUGCCGAUGGCGCCACCGCUCAGACCGAAUGUCCCAUCGCUCCCGGAGACUGCCACACCUACAAGUGGAAGGCGACCCAGCACGGGUCCAGCUGGUACCACUCUCACUAUUCCAUCCAGUACAGCGAAGGCCUGCUGGGGCCCAUUAUCAUCCACGGCCCCAACACUGCUGACUGGGACAUUGAUCUUGGCCCUUUCCUGCUGACCGACUACUACCAUGACUCCGUGUUUGACAUUGCCCAACGGCCGCUGAUCAAAUCGCUCGGCAUCCCUCCCAUCGCUGUCAACGGCCUCAUCAACGGCAAGAACAACUACAAGAAGGGUGGUCAGCGUGAGCAGCUCAAGUUCACCAAGGGCAAGAAGCACCUUUUGCGUCUCGUCAACGUCGGCUCCGAAGUGACCUUCCGUUUCUCGGUCGACAAGCACAAGAUGACCGUCAUUGCCGCCGACUUCGUGCCCAUCGUUCCCUGGGAGACCAAGACGCUGCUCAUCACCGUCGGCCAGCGGUAUGACGUCAUCAUCGAGGCCGACCAGGACGAGGGCGACUACUGGGUGCGCGCCGUGCCCAUGCUGACCUGCUUCGCCUUCAACCUCAUGGACCACGACAUCCGCGCCAUCGCCCGCUACAACUCAUCUUCGACCGCCGAGCCCAAGUGGCCGCAGAGCAAGCAGUGGCCUCAGCUGGACAUCUGCAAGGACGAGGACAUUGACAAUAUUGUGCCCUGGACCCCGCACGACGUCGGCCCGUCGGCCGUGACCAAGAACUUCGACGCGCUCCUGCUCUCGUGGAAGAACGACAGCUAUGCUUUGCGCUGGCAGGUCGGCGAGCCCGCGCCCUACAAGCCCCUCAAGGGCAACCCGGUUGUCAAGCAGCUCUUCGACGCCUACCCCAAGCCCGCCAACGUCAGCCGCGACCUGAAGCCCGUAGAUUUGACCUACCUCGAGGGAACCAACUGGGUGUACAUUGUGAUCGAGUCUUUCUUGCCGCUGUCGCACCCGAUCCACCUGCACGGCCACGACAGCUACAUCCUGGCGCGCGGCGGCGGCAUCUUUUUGGGCGACGGCGUCCAGCUCCACACGCAGAACCCGAUGCGCAGAGACACGGCCAACCUGCCGGCCAACGGGUUCUUGGUCAUGGCGUUCCAGACGGAUAACCCGGGCUCGUGGCUUCUGCACUGCCACUUUGAGUGGCACUUGCACGACGGCUUCGCGAUGAGCAUCAUUGAGCGCCAACCUCACGAGAUCAAGGACGUGUAUCAGAAGAACGGCGCCGAGGCGGAGAUGCAGCGGGUGUGCAAGAACUGGGCGGCUAGUGGGCUGGAGAAUAGGAACUGA